GCACAAUGCAACUCACAUCAUUCGGUAACAGCCACAUAUUCACUUUCGCAUCUCCGCAGCAUGGCAGCAAAGGAAGGUGCAACCUGGUGCAAGUACAAGCACAAAGCCUUGCACCGGAGCCGAACACCAUUCGACUUCUACGAAUUCGGCUGGGCAUCAUCGCCUGUUGUUUCAGUAUAUCAUAAGGCAUGAGCGGAUCUCUGGACCCUAUGAGGCACUUUCAUAUGUUUGGGGCGAUCCGAACGAUGCCCACACAAUCCAGCUCAAGAAUGAUGGCGACUCAAAACACCGUUCCUUUGCUGUCACUAAUAAUCAGUACAGAGCCUUGCGUCAGCUCAGAGAUCCAGAAUUACCGCGGACAUUUUGGAUUGAUGCUAUUUGUAUCAACCAGAAAGAUGACGAAGAAUGAGGAUCCCGGGUUCAAUCAUGGCUAGGAUAUAUGCUUUCGCUCUUGGCCUCAGCAUAUGGCUUGGUAAAGAAGCAGAUGACAGUUUUUCCGUGCUAGAAAUGUGCCGUACUGUCCUUGCGCAUGAUCCUCCACACGUAGGUGAAUGGCAAUCAGUCGCAACUAAAAUGAACCUCACCGAGAGAGCUCUCAUAGCCUUUAUGAGUCGUCCUUGGUUCCGGCGGGUUUGGCGGAGCGCUCAUCAAAGGAAGGAUCAAUGCC